GUAUCGAUGUACACCUGCUUGAGUCUCUACUGUACUGAGUCGCGGCUGGAAUGAAAUCUAAUCGGGACUGACUAACCAAGUAGACUACAGACGGGGCAGGUCUGAGCCUGUUUUGCUUGAUUUUUUCCAUCUCCUUCUUCUUCUUUUUCCAUAUGGUCCCGGGAAUAACAGCAGCAGGUGGUGUGUACAUGUACAUAUGUGCUCCAUCAUGACCUGCUGCUUACUUAAGUGCAUACCUACAUAUAUACCCGCACAGGUACACAAGCUGAGUUUGUAUGGGGACGGUGGCCCAGACAGGGGCCCCAGCGCGCGAUGACGCAGGCGGCAACGAGGGCCCCAGGUCGCAAAGUCGAUGAUGCAUCUGAUAGAAUCCCAUGCGCUUGUCAGCCGGUGCCAGCCCGUCGAGGCCACAAAACAAAUCCCUUUCGCCGCGUCCCACAUGGCGCCUGUUUUCUGAUGUCGAUCCCUUCCCUCCUUUGCCAUGAUCGACCAUCGCCGCCCUCAUCAGCCACCCGCACAUCCAGCCAACUGUGGCUCCGACAAAUCUCUCCCCGUCUGUCUGUCUCUCUGUCCAUCCGAACCUUUUUCGACAAUGACUAUGCACAUCUCUAGCGUUGCCAUGGCCCGAUUCUUGCAGUCCCCUCUCCACCCCUUCGCCGUGUGAAGCCUGCCUGCCUGCCCGAGUGCGAGUGUAUGAGUGCGUGUGUCUAUGUGUGUCUAUGUGUGUGUGUGUACACAUACAAUACCGUCUUGACUACAUACUAUCCACCACGGCCGCCGCCCACCACCAACACCACACCACGACGACAUCCCACCUUGAUACAGUCCAUCCGUCACUCUCUCUCUCUCACCCAGUCAGUGCAUGGGCGGCACCUUCCAUCCCUCCUCCUCCUCCGUCGUCGUCGUUCCGCCCGCUGCCAGUCCGCUCCACGCCCCUCCUCACUAUCCUCUCACCAUACCUCGACCGCUUGCUGCUGCCGCCGCCGCCGCCGCCGUCGCUGCUGCUGCUGCUGCUGCUGCUCUUGCUUCACCCCCCUUCGACGUCGCUGCACCCCCCGUACCUGGUUCCAUCCUCCCCACGACGCCCACGCAACAAACGGCUGCACGCUCCCGCCUAAUCAACAGACCUCACUGCGUACCUAUUCUUUCGCCCCUCACCUACUACCUUCGCCCCUCUCUAUCGGUUCCUUGCUCGUCCCUGCAUCUCUCUGCAUGACGCCUCUUCGACCGACCUACCCACCCGCGUAUUCACAUCACCGUCCCUCUAUUCGUCGGCACAACCUCGUCGCUCCAUCUCCUUCGUUCUACGUCGCCCUCUUCCACCUCUCCCACCACUGCAUAUAGCGAAGAAAGGCUCCAACGGGCUCACCACCAGAUUCUGGUUUUCCUUUCCGUCUCUCCCCUUCCGGGAGAAACACCCAAUCCUUCCCCUCGCCCUUCCGUUCACUCUUCCGACAGACUGGCCGCAUAGACGUACUCGCGCCCAAGUCGGCCAUGUCGGAACCCUCCGAAGGGACACCCACUCCCCAAGGCGAUGGAGCUCAAGACACUCAGAACAAGCCGAUCGAGGCAUCCUCGUCCACUUUGACAAAUGACAGCAACCCCAAGUCUCCCCUUCCGCCUCUCCAUUCAAAUUUCCCAACACCCGUAGAAGCCAUGGGCUCCCUGAGCCCAACCGCCACAGAUCGAGUCUUCCCCAUUCGGAGCGUAGUCUCUGUUGACCCAUCCCCCACUCCUAACCAGCGGCAGUCAGGACAAGGCGACUAUUUUCACUCUGCCCACGGGGGUCGCGCCACACACAACCGACGUCAAUCGCAAGGCUCCGCUGCUUCCCUCUCAUCACAAUCGCAGGCUUCCCAGCGUAGGAUGGUCUCGCGGAAAGCAUCGAGCACAACACCCAGAGCGGAAAAUCCUGUCCAUGCCAACCCACCGUCGACUCAGCAAGGCGAGGAUGAAUCUAGAAAGCCUGCACUGCAAUUACCCUCUGAAAUCUUCAGCGAUAUCUCGUCGACACGGUCGGUGGACAGUGCGCCCCUGGACGAACGUAGCCAACCGGCUUCUGCAGAUCACGGGAGCUCUGUGAGAUCCGUUUCCGAUAGUAUGGACGAUGUUGGGGGGUUGGUGACGCAUCGCUUCAAGCAUGUGGUAACAGAAGGCGGACACGCGGUCAUCACCGGUCGGGACGGAGACACGCUGCAACGAUGCGAGGACGAGCCCAUCCAUAUCCCCGGUGCAGUGCAAGGUUUCGGCCUUCUCAUUGCCCUCCAAGAGGAUGUCAGCGGCAAUGGCUCUCUUCCCGUCCGCGUAGUGAGCGAAAACUCGAGGAGAAUUAUCGGUCGCUCCCCGAGAGAGCUUUUCGCUCUUGAAAGUUUCACCGACAUUCUCUCCGAAGAGCAGGCCGACAAUCUUCUAGAUCAUAUAGACUUCAUCAAAGACGAAGACGCUGAUGUCCAGACGAACGGGCCCGAUGUGUUUACGAUAUCCGUCAAGAUUCCGAACGCGCGGGCUCGCAAGCUGUGGUGCGCCUUGCACACCAACGACGCCAAUCCCGGCAUGGUCAUUUGCGAAUUCGAGCUCGAGGACGACCAAUUGUAUCCCCUUGUACCACCCAAUGAUAUGACCCCUGAUCUUCCGGAGGAUACCCUUAGUAGUAACCCUACGGACGAGGAAUUCUUGGAGAGCACCGAGGUAAAAAGUCGACCGUUGAGGGUGUUGCGGGGUGCUAGAAAGAGACGAGGGGAAGCCGCCGCCAUGGAGGUCUUCAACAUCAUGUCACAAGUCCAGGAACAGCUGGCUGCUGCUCCUACGCUCGACAAGUUUUUGAAGGUGCUGGUCGGGGUGGUCAAGGAGCUGACUGGUUUCCACCGCGUCAUGAUCUACCAGUUCGAUCAGCAGUUCAACGGUCGCGUAGUAACAGAAUUGGUAGACCCUCGUGCAACCAAAGACCUUUUCAAGGGCCUCAAUUUCCCCGCCUCCGACAUCCCGAAGCAGGCGAGAGAGCUAUACAAAAUCAACAAAGUUCGCAUGCUGUACGAUCGCGAUCAUGAGACCGCUCGACUCGUUUGUCGAACCCCCGAGGAUUUGGACAAUCCCCUUGAUCUGACACACUCGUACCUCCGGGCCAUGUCGCCCAUUCAUUUAAAGUAUCUCGCCAAUAUGGCCGUGCGAUCAUCCAUGUCUAUUUCCAUCAACGCCUUCAACGAGUUGUGGGGCCUCAUAGCGUGUCACUCCUACGGUCCUCGUGGCAUGCGCGUUUCCUUCCCGAUCCGCAAGAUGUGCCGUCUCGUGGGCGACUCGGCGUCGCGAAAUAUUGAAAGGCUCUCGUACGCAUCUCGUUUGCAAGCCAGAAAACUCAUCAACACCGUUCCCACUCAACACAACCCUUCGGGCUACAUUAUCGCGUCUUCCGACGAUCUCUUGAAACUCUUCGACGCUGACUUUGGCCUGCUGUCUAUACACGAGGAGACUAAGAUACUGGGCCAGCUAGAGAACUCACAAGAAGCGCUGGCUUUGCUCGAAUAUCUCCGCAUGAGAAAGAUAACAUCUGUCAUGACGUCGCAAGAUGUGUCUAUGGACUUUCCUGACCUGCGAUAUCAGCCUGGAUUCCAGGUGAUCGCAGGCAUGCUGGUGGUACCUUUGUCCGCCGGUGGUCAAGACUUCAUCGUAUUCUUCAGGAAGGGCCAACUGAGGGAGGUCAAAUGGGCCGGCAACCCAUACGAAAAGUACGUGAAGGAAGGCACAGCUGGAUAUCUGGAGCCGCGGAAAAGCUUCAAGACGUGGUGUGAAACGGUCGUCGGCAAGUGUCGAGAGUGGAGUGAAGAGGAAAUCGAAACGGCCGCAGUGCUCUGUCUAGUCUAUGGCAAGUUUAUUGAAGUCUGGAGGCAAAAAGAGGCGGCUGUGCAAAGCAGCCAGCUCACGCGGUUGCUGCUUGCGAACUCGGCGCACGAGGUCCGUACGCCUCUAAACGCCAUCAUCAACUACCUGGAGAUCGCGCUGGAGGGCUCGCUGGACACCGAAACCCGAGAGAAUCUGGCGCGCUCCCAUUCAGCAUCCAAGUCACUCAUCUACGUCAUCAACGACCUUUUGGACUUGACCAAAACCGAGGAGGGAGGCCCGCUAAUCAAGGGCGAGUCCUUCGAGCUGUCCACCACGCUCAAGGAAGCCACAGAUAUGUUUAACGGCGAUGCGAGACGCAAAAACAUAAACUACGAAGUUAUCGAGCACCCCGGGCUACCCAGGCUAUGUCUCGGAGACCAGCGCAGAGUGCGCCAAGUGAUUUCCAACAUCACUGCCAAUGCCAUUCAGAAUACAAUCCAAGGAGGCGUCAAGGUGGAAAUGUACGCUUCUGCAAGACCGAGCCCUGAUCGUGUCGAAGUUGAAAUAGCCAUCACAGAUUCAGGGGUUGGUAUGAGCUCCAAGAAGCUCGAUCAGCUGUUCAAUGAUCUCGAACAGGUCCAGUCGGAGCCCGCAGCGUCGGUCGAGGACGCUCUGGUUCCUGACCCCAAACAGCUGGCUGCGUCCAGCGACAGGACGGCCCUAGGCCUCGGUCUUGCCGUAGUUGCCCGCAUCGUCAGAAACAUGAAUGGCCAGCUACGACUGAAGUCGGAGGAAGGUAAAGGCUCUCGUUUCGUUGUGCAGCUCCCCUUCGACCUCCCCGACUCUGAGUCUGAAAUCACACCUCGGGUUGAUUCCUCUGAAGACAGCAAUCCCAUGCAGCCUGGCACUCCUGGUCUCCUCGCGGAAGGCGAGCGCACGCUGGUGGCGCCUAGCAUCAGUCGGAACAAUUCCGAUAGUAGUAAUACUUCAAUAGGCCACAAGCCAAGCGCAGAAAGUCUCAAAAGCAAACAGAGUCUCCACAGCUUCAAAAGCGCUUCGAGCGCGAGGAGCCAGCGGAGCGAUGUCGACCGAUUGAUAGAAGCAAUCCAGGAACCUCAGAUACUUGACUCACGGCCCACGAGUGAACGAAGCAUGUCCCCCCUUUCCGCUCGGCCAACGCUUACAAAGCGCCAUAGCAUGGACAGUCAUGGUGUAUCUGCGUCGUCCCGACGACCGUCCAAGAGUCUGGAUAAAACAAAUGACUCUAUUCCUGGUCCGCCGCACACAAGGUCAUUGGAGGUAGCGUCACCUGGUGAAGAAAGCAUAUCCUUUUCGGGGACGCCGCUUCGGGCUUUGAAAGUUCCGGACGACGUUGGGUCGCCCUUCGAUGCAAGACCUAAAAGUGGGCACGUUCUGGGAGAAGUACCUGCUGAGCCUGAACAAAUUACGAGGCCCCCCGAGGUGGAACUGCUCUCGUCUGCGAAUAUGCGCGUCCUCGUUGCCGAGGACGAUCCAGUCAAUAGUCGGAUCAUAAAAAAGCGCCUUGAAAAAGCUGGACAUACCGUCCAUCUUACCGUGAAUGGUGAGGAAUGUGCUGGGGCAUUUGGUGACCAUCCAAAAGACUUCGAUGUAGUCUUAAUGGAUAUGCAGAUGCCCAUCGUCGAUGGUCUUACCGCCACGAAAAUGAUACGGUCCUACGAGAAAACGCACAAUAACAUAUACUCUCCACGCGCUGCGCUGAACGGUCGUGUACCCAUCAUGGCCGUGUCUGCAUCUCUGCUCGAGAAAAGGCGACAAGAAUACAUCGAUGCCGGCUUCGAUGCAUGGAUAUUGAAGCCCAUUGCUUUCCAACGUCUCAACCAUUUGAUGGCCGCCAUCGUCGAUCCCAACGUCCGGGGCGAGUGCUUGUACGAAUCUGGCGAAUGGGAGCAGGGAGGUUGGUUCAAUAUGGGUGAGAAGAGUUCCCGAGAUGUCGGCACUACACCUUCCGGUGGACCAACGACAUUGAAGUCCUCUAUUGCAGCCCAAGAGCUGGCGGGUUCCAGUAAACCUGAGGCACAAGACGAGGGCGAGCGGCCAGAAACAUCUCCGGAUGAUAAGGAAAAACGAGUGCAAGACGGCGGUCUUGAUUCUACCAUUGAACCACCUGAGAACCCUACAACUGGUUCUGGUCCUUCUAUUAGUGAACAAUGA